AUGGGAGACGCGCAGACGGUGCCGCUGGCGGAAGAGCUGGAGACGGUCCCCGUGCGCGUGCUGCACUCCUCGGGCGAAGUGGCAUAUGCAGCCAGCAUGCCCAAGACGUCGACCAUCAAGGAGCUUGUGACGCGGAUCAGCCAGGAGGGCCUUGGUCCUCCCCAUCGACUGACCCUCCUGUUGGGCAGCGACAUUAUGCCAUUCACCAAAUCUUUGGAAGACAUCAACCUCAAAGAGGAGGAUUGCUUUCACUUGGUCCGACGCAGCCGCAGCGAGUUCACCAAGUUCGAGUCCGGCUCGAAGGAGGAAGGGGAGAAACCCGAUUUUUUGGUGAAGUGCGUCCUCCUGGGGCCCUCGAUGGUGGGAAAAAGCGCCCUGGUGGCGCGCUACUGCGACGAGACCUUCGUCAAGACCUAUCUGCCGACCAUCGGUGUGGAUUUCCGCGUGGGUGAGAUCGCCACGCAAUGUCAACACUUCAAAUUCAAAUUGCAGUUCUGGGACACUGCUGGGCAGGAGCGCUUCAGAACUAUCACUUUGAGCUACCUGCGAGGUACCAGAAGCAUCAUGGCCGUGUUCAGCCUCGAAAACCGCAACUCCUUACACGAGGCGGUCUCGAUGGUGCGCCAAGCCAUGGGUUACUUCGACGAGUCCAACGGUGUCUUAGUCUGCCUGGUGGGGACUCAUGCAGAUUCAGCCCACCAGGAGGUGACGGAAGAUGAGGCCUUGGCGGAAGCCGAAAAGCUGGGCUGUUCCUACCACGCCGUGUCCAAUGUCAACGGCGAAGGGGUGCCAGAGGCCUUUCACAAUUGGUUGGAUCAAUACUUGGAGCAGAUGUACAGAAAGAGAGCUUCGGGUGAAUGCCCGUGA